CAGCAGGGUGAGAGUCAGUCAGAGAGGAAGGAGGAGGGUCUGACUGAUGUGACCAUGAAGUGAUGAAGUGUAGAUGUCAUAUGAGUCGGUGUCAGGAUGGAGGAAACAUGUCUGCUGCGUCUGCUCUUUGUGACGUCACUGCUGAGCGGCUGCACACACCAAGCCUCUCUGAACAUCAGUCCUAACAGAACUCAGAUGUUUGAAGGACAGUUUGUCUCUCUGAGGUGUGAGGAGGACGACAGCUCUGAUGGAUGGACGGUGACGAGGAACACGACUAGAGGAACCAGGAGACAGUGUGGAGCUGACUGGGGAAGAAAAGAUGGUUCUUCCUGUAACAUCAGCUUCAUGAGGACAGUGGACAGUGGAGUUUACUGGUGUGAGUCCACAGGCGGAGCAGCCAGUAGCAGCAUCACCAUCACUGUCACUGGUGGAGCAGUGAUCCUGCAGAGUCCUGUCCACCCUGUGAUGGAGGGAGAUGAUGUCACUCUCACCUGUACAACACAGACCUCCAUCCUCUCAGCUGGUUUCUAUAAAGAUGACUCCUUCAUCAGGACUGAGCCUACAGGUCACAUGACCAUCCACCAUGUUUCCAGGUCUGAUGAAGGAUUCUACAAGUGUAACACCAUCAGUGAUGGAGAGUCUCCACCCAGCUGGAUCACUGUCACAGGUAAACCUACCACAGCACCGCCCCCAUCUUCAGCCCCGCCCCCUGCAUCCACCCCCCUCUUUCUCGUGCUCCUCCACCUGGUGGUGUUCUGUCCGUACUGCAUCUCCACUGUCAUCAUGGUGUCUUUAUACCGACGCAGGUCCACAGGAAAUUACCUGCCCGUCUCCAUGGAGAUGGCUCCUCCCACCCAGGCUGAGCAGGGAUUGGCUGAUGAGUUCGAUGAUGUCAUGGCUGCUGUCACCACAGAGCAUCACCUCUGAGUUGAUCCAACGUGUUCUCCUUCUUCUUCAGUCACGU